ACUCCGUUUCUCAAAUCUAACAAAUACAUGACAAGUUUGAGAGAAGUAACCAAAGCUUAUUGAUCACUUUGACAAUAGUUUACAAAGUAAAGAGCAGGUAUAUAUUCUUACUUUAACUUACUAAGGUGAAAUUCUACACAGCAUGCAUGAAACACAUUUACAUACACCCUCUCUUCAACCAUACUUUAACUUCAACCUUAUAAAAAAAAUGUCCUUCAGUUAUCUUAUUCUGCAAACAUUAAAGUUUCUUAAACCGUAAUAUAAUCAAUUCUCUUCCAAUUCGUUCUCCACUGUCUUCUUGAAAAUAAGACAUCAUGUCGGAAAUUUAUGGAAAAUUAAAUUAUUGCUACAGACGUUGGUUUAAGAGUCAUUGGCCCUCAUCACCUCCAGAUGAUGUGACAAAUUUGUUCAACGAAUACAAAGAACAUGAUAGUGAUAAAAUACGAAUACCUAAGCUGGCUGAAUAUCUCGAGAAACAUCAAGAUGUGGCAAAGAAGGAUGCUGUAAAGCGUGCACAAAAAAUCGUAGCCUCAAGAAAAUUCAAGGGAUUUGCCAACUGUCGUAGAACCAGUCUCAGUAGGAAGGGCUUCUUUGCAUAUCUUCUCAGCAGCAAAAAUCAUCCCUUAGUUAAAAAGGAGUUUGAUGAGAAAGCUAAGUUUGUGCAUUAUUUUGUAUACACAAGCCAUGGUUCCUACUUGAAACGGAACAAGAGCAAGAAUCCUAUCAAAUCUGCAGCAGAAGAUUUAAAGACGAUCACUAUGCUUUCUUUUCCCCGGAAAUACCACAGGGGAGGAUCAAAGUCCAAUUCGGCUGGUGAUGGUGAGCCUAGUAACAACAAAGAUAAAAAAGAGCAGGAGAAAUUCCGUAACAGUAUCACAGCAAUCAAAAAGGCUUUGUUGAUGGAUAUCAGAGUUAUUGAAUUGGAUGUGUGGCUCAACUCGGAUAAGAAAGGCAUUAAUGUUUCUCAUCCGAGGAUACAGCGCCAACCACAUUCUUCUUCAAUCACAGUUGAAAAUUGUUUGGAGACUAUCAGUGAAAAUGCAUUUGUUACUUCUGAAUUCCCCCUCAUAAUAAUUCUAGUGCAGCAAUUUGAAUCAGAUCCAUCAGAUGAUCUCCAGAAAGCGAUAAAAGAGCGGAUCGACAAAUUUGGCAAAAAACAUAGCUUGUGUGAUCUAGAUGAAGCUUUGAAUGCGACUCUAGAUUCUCUGAAACAAAAGUUUAUAAUUUUAACUAGAAAGCAGGUGAAACAUGAACCGUCACCAACAAACACGAAGGACAAAAAAGGCUAUAUUUAUAAUUACAAUAAGAAGCCAGAAAACAAUAAAGGGAUUUUGAGAUUGACAGAAAACGAGAUAGAAUCUGCUAUUAGUACUGAGUAUACCAGUCUUUCAGAUCAAAUAAAAACUAGUUUAACCCAGAAGGAACUACUGGCAGUUUAUCCCAACUCCGAUGAUCCAGCAGUUUUCACUAAAAAUUUUGACCCUCUUAUUGGCUGGACACGCGGGGCUCAGAUGGUCGCAAUCAAUCCACAGGAUUUUGACAAGCAUUUAUGGGUAAUGCAAGGGUUGUUUAGGGCACAACUCGGCCAAGACAGUAAAAAGCCUACUGGCUAUGUUAAAAAGCCAGAGAUCUUGCUGAAUAAUAAGAUUUUCGAUCCUACAGAAUGGCGUCCUGUUAAAACGAUUUUAAAGGUAAAGGUAUAUUUGGGUACUGGCUGGCAUUUGGACUUCGACAGUGAAGAGAAAGACUUUGAAAGUGAUAAUUCCCCACCAGAUUUCUUCACAGCAGUUGAAAUUGUGGGAGUCCCAGUAGACGAGGCAAGAGAAAAAACAGUACCAAUCAUGGAUCAGUGGGUUCCGGUAUGGAAUCAAGAGUUCAAGUUCCCCUUAACUGUACCUGAAUUAGCAAUGCUGCUGAUAGAGGUCAAAGAAUUCGACACCGACAGGACUCAUGACUUUGGAGGGCAAACUUGUUUGCCAGUAUGGCUACUCAGAAGUGGAAUCAGGUCUGUUCCAUUGUAUGACAAGAAGGGGAAACUUCACAAAAAUGCAAGACUUCUUAUGCGCUUUGAGUUUAACUAACAGCGCGUAUCAUUACUGAUGAUCCGAUCUAACAGAAGCAUCUUCAAUGAGUUUUCAGCAGAAAAUAAGCAUAGUUUGUUCAGAUUAUCUACAAUUUAACUCCUCUCAAAUCCAGCUAGUCCGCCCUUGAAAGUUUAACCCUCAGACUCAGUAUCAUCUAAAUUAUGUUGUAUAAAUAAAAAUAAUAAAAAAAACAAAAGUUGACAACUUUGCCUCAACAAAGAUGUUUUCCAGUGUAUAGAUUAUGAGUCUAUGAUCAGCUGGUCACUUUGAGCCUAAGCUCUAUGAUUGACUUCCCUAGAACGAAGCAGUGUAGACAUGCUUCCUUGUAAGAUUGACUAUGUGGAAGGGUAAGAGCGCGAUCAUUGCCAUGAAUGGCGGAAUAUCCAUCCAUAAACAAUAUACCCACUCAGUCCGGAACUAAU